CAAAGAUGGCCGCUACUUGACUUCACUCCAAGCAGUACGACUGCGCGUUAUGUAUGUCUCGCAUAAACCGGAAGGGGUCUGAAAAAAAGGAGCAGAGGACCGUGUGAUGUGAAUGGUCUAUGUCUAUCGCUUUAUAUCAAGAUAUAUGUACCCCGGAAACCACUCAGGCAUACAGGUACUAGGGGAGCAGUAUCUAUAUUAUAUCCAUAACUAGGGACAUGAUCUUAUAAUGACAAACCAUUUGUCACUGGGAAAUAGUCUUCAUUGACCUGUGAAUGCUGCCUGGGCUGUCAGUCAUUAUGUCAGACUGGGUGUCUCUCAUUAUGAUACCAAAUAAAAAAAGGGAUAAAGGACUUAUCUAGACCAAGCAUUUCUUAGUAGCAAUCUACACAUUAUCACAACAUAGAUAUUAUGGAACAGCACACAAACAAAAACACAGCUCCAAGUAUUCCAGGUCUCUUUAAAGGCAUGUUUGUAAAGGAGGAGGGGGGGGUGGAAGGGGACAUUUAGUCUGGAGGCAUGAUUAUUAAAUCUGCAUUUAAAAAAAAAAAAAAUUAGGCAUAGCUGUGAAAGAUUUUAAACUGUGUUAUUUGUGUUUGCGCAGUUGCAGUACAGGGUUAUUGUCCAAACUUCACAUCUUUGCAAAUAAAAUUAAAGUGAUGCAAUUAAAAUUGCUGAUAAGGAAAUAUUAUUUAACUCCGUCAUAGUGACAACUAUGAUAUUCAUGCCUCCUUUUUUUUUUUUUUUUUAUUCGGGUUUAAUUCACAAAAAAAAAUUGUAUUUCAGUGAAUUUUCCCACUUAAAGCUUCUCUGCUCAGUUUUAAUAACCUUGUGGAGGAGUGAGGGGGGGGGGUGAGAUUUACUUACUUGAACCUGUCCCUUGCGGGCACCGGCAUCUUCUUCCAGUGGGUCCUCUUCAGCGUCAGAAGCUGAUGAGACUGCUAAACUCUUGCGCAUGCACAAGAGUACAGCAUUGAGGUCUGUGGAGGAGGCAGUGGGAUCCACCAUAGAUCGAGCCAAUUCCCUGCAGCCAUCACAAUGACAGCUGGGAGGGCUGACACUUCUAGUCCCUACUUUGUCUAAGUGUAUCUUUUGACUGGGUUGGGAUUUCAGUGAAAUUCCAAAACAGUCAAAAUGAGUAUGUCAUAGUCACAGUGCUGCUUUAAUGCUGUUCCAAUUUAGGGCAAUGUAUGUUAGAUUUGAGGUUGUCAAGCAGUGUUCCGUGGUCAAAUGUUUGUUCAAUCCCAGCAGCUGUCAUGGCUGUGGGAUUCAUUCAUGAUCUCUUGAGAGAUCCUUCAUAUAUCUCAGUUUUGUACUCUUCUGGCAAAUAAUGUGUCAGAAAUCAAAGAAGAUGGUUGCAGCUGUGGGGUACAGCUUUAGAUAAGUAAACCUAUCUUCCACUGUUCCUCUGAUAUUACUUAUUUAAGAGAAACUCUAGUGAAUAAUAACGUAUAAUUAUAUUAUAAUACUAUCCUUCUAUUUAAUGCGUUUCAUAGAUCAGUGGUUACCAAUGCUAUUUUGGACCAAGGCACACUUGAAUGAUAGAGAAAUUGGAACACUGGAGGACUGGUCCCAGGCUUGGAGUAAGAUAUAGAGAGGGACUGCACACUUCCAUAUAAAGCUGAAACAGGUGCUCUGAAUUGGAGCUGACUUAGGCUCCCACAGUACGGGCACACAGCAGCUCACUUAAUGGCAAUAUAUAUUCUACCAAAGUGCACCUAAACACAACUGUUCAGCCUUAUACUGAGGCCAUUAUAAAGCUUGGCAAAGCCCUCAGUGUGAGGACACUACUUAAUAAAUACUGCUAUUAAGUGAGCUGCUGUGUGUCCUUACAUGUUUGGAUUAUAUUGGUCCCAGACCCAUUCUGCUCAGUAUUCGUCUCUUCUCUUAAGGGGAUGAAAUCAAACCAUUCAAAAAUGGGUAGUGAAGAGAAACACCAGGGCUCUUCUGGCACCAUAACUACAGCAAGUUGCUUCUUGGAGUGUUCCUUUAAACGUUUUGUGAACUGGGGUGUGUGUUUGUGCAUGAGUGUGACCAUGACUUCCUAACUUUUGAUUCAGUGUCAAUAUACCACAAACACAACUAAACAAAAUUGACACAGCUAAGGAGGUUUAAAUUGCUGUCUGGGAUGGUGAAAUGAGAGUGAAUGCAGGGUGCUUCCUUAUAAAACUGUCAGCGUUGCAAUAAUGAGUUCAUAUAUUGCAUACAGUUGAUAAUUUGAACUGAUACUAGAAGUAUGCAGACUCGCAUACAUGAGAUUUUAUUGUCACAGUUGACUUUUCUUCGUUGGUACUUUUUAUGUUCACACACACUGGUUGCAUUAUAUACUGACUCCUAUUUAAUUUUCAUAAAGAUAUAUCAUAUGUACAAAAACAGCCUUAUCAGAAUGUGUAUAAACAAACUUACAUCUACCGGUGAGGUAGCUCAAUGGGCUAAUGCAUCAUUAUUAUUUAUAUAGCACCAACAAAUUCCGCAACGCUUUACAGUGGGUGGACGAACAGACAUGUAGUUGUAACCAGACAAGUUGGACACACAGGAACAGAAGUGUUGAGGACCCUGCUCAAUGAGCUUACAUGCUAGAGGUAGAAUCUGUUCAACCCUUGGAGGUCGCAGGUUCAAAUCCCGGCAGGGUUGACUCAGCCCUUCAUCCUUCCGAGGUAGAUGAAAUGAGUACCAUCAAUUGGGUAAUGGUAACAACCCCUGGAUGUUGGGCAAAUGUAAAAUCCCCAGGACGUACUUGGAAACCAGAGUGAUCUGAAUGUAUGUUUCCUGGUUAUACUUUUUUUGUUAUUAUUUUAGCUCAUGUGAUGUAGGGAUCGACCGAUUAUCGGUUUUACCGAUAUAAUCGGCCGAUAUUCGGUAUUCUCGGCAAUAUCGGUAUCGGCCAAUUCAGAUACCGAUAUUGCCGAUAAUACCUCCUAGGACCGCCAGGCUCAUUACAAACCCGGCGGUCCUGGGGGGGCGGAGAGCAAGCGCUUACUCACCUCCCAGCAGCUCCCCAGUGUAACUCUCGCGAGACCCGCGGCCGUCAGAGCGUUGCCAUGGAUCACCAUGGCAACGCUCCGCGCGACACGCUGGCCGCGAGAGUUGCAUUGGGGAGCUGGAGGAGCUGCUGGGAGGUGAGUAAGCGCUUGCUCUCCGCCCCCCCCCUCCCAGCUCAGCCAAUGCCACUGGACCACCAGGGACUGUCAUAUCCCCCCUCCCUGGCCAGGUAACAAGCAGGGAGGGGGGACAACAAAAAUAAAUAAUAAAGUAAAUAUAAUUUUUUUUUUAAUAAUUUAAUAAAAAAUGCCCCCUCACAUACUGCAUUAUAUAUAUAUAUAUAUAUAUAUAUAUAUAUAUAUAUAUAUAUUUAUAUAUAUAGUGUGUGUAUAUAAUGCAGUGUGUGUUUGUAUAGUGUGUGUGUGUUUGUAUACAAUGCACACAAACACACUGCAUUAUAUACCCACACUACACAAACACACACUGCAUUAUAUACCCACACUACACAAACACACACUGCAUUAUAUACACACACUAUACAAACACACUGCAUUAUAUACACACACUGCAUUAUAUACCCACACUACACAAACACACACUGCAUUAUAUACACACACUACACAAACACACUGUGUAUAUAAUGCAGUGUGUGUUUGUACAGUGUGUGUAUAUAAUGCAGUGUGUGUUUGUGUAGUGUGGAUAUAUAAUGCAGUGUGUUUGUAUAGUGUGUGUAUAUAAUGCAGUGUGUGUUUGUGUAGUGUGGAUAUAUAAUGCAGUGUGUUUGUAUAGUGUGUGUAUAUAAUGCAGUGUGUGUUUGUGUAGUGUGGGUAUAUAAUGCGGUGUGUUUGUGUAGUGUGUUUAUAUAAUUCAGUGUGUGUAUAUAAUGCAGUGUGUGUGUUUGUGUAGUGUGUUUAUAUAAUGCAGUGUUUGUGUAGUGUGUAUAUAAUGCAGUGUGUGUGUGUAUAUAAUGCAGUGUGUUUAUAUAAUGCACACUACACAAACACACUGCAUUAUAUACACACACUAUACAAACACACACUACAUUAUAUACACACACUACACAAACACACUGUGUAUAUAAUGCAGUGUGUGUUUGUACAGUGUGUGUAUAUAAUGCAGUGUGUGUUUGUGUAGUGUGGAUAUAUAAUGCAGUGUGUUUGUAUAGUGUGUGUAUAUAAUGCAGUGUGUGUUUGUGUAGUGUGGGUAUAUAAUGCGGUGUGUUUGUGUAGUGUGUUUAUAUAAUUCGGUGUGUGUUUAUGUAGUGUGUGUAUAUAAUGCAGUGUGUGUGUUUGUGUAGUGUGUUUAUAUAAUGCAGUGUUUGUGUAGUGUGUGUAUAUAAUGCAGUGUGUUUGUGUAGUGUGUUUAUAUAAUGCACACUACACAAACACACUGCAUUAUAUACACACACUAUACAAACACACACACUCUGCAUUAUAUAAACACAAUACACACACUCUGCAUUCAUUAUAUACACACACACACUUUGCAUUUAGUAUAUACAGCAUUCACUUUACGCACACUACGCUUUCAUUAUAUACUCACUACACUAACACACUGCAUCCACUACACACACUAGACAAAUACACACUGCAUCCACUACACAAACACACAUUCCAUCCUCCACACACACUACACAAACACACACACUACACAAACACACACUGCAUCCACUACACACACACUACACAAACACACACAGCUCCCCUGUCACACUGCAUCCACUACACGUGGCAUGUAUAUUUUGUGCAUUUACCUUUAGAAAUAGUUUUUAUUUUCCAAAAUGGUAAAUGUACAGAAUAUCGGCAAAUUAUAUCGGCUAUCGGCCUGAAAGUUCACAGAAUAUCGGUAUCGGUAUCGGCUCUGAAAAAUCAAUAUCGGUCGAUCCCUAAUGUGAUGACAUAAUUUAAAAUGUCUGGAAUGUCUGCAUAUUCUAGACAGUUGCUGUGUCAGGUUGGUGAGUGUCUGAUUCAGAAGAUUAAUUUUUGUAAAAAUACAUAAUAAAAACACCCAAAACUCUGCACUAUCUCGUAUGAACUAUGUUGACGUUUAGCAAAUACUGCUUAUUUUGCUUCAUCUCUACUAAAUGAUCCUACAUGAGAGUCAAAGACUACACUUGAGAAUGUGUGUUGGAAUCAGAAAUUACUCUACCUGCUAAACUCUGUAUUUAUAAUCUUCUCCUUUUAAUUGCAGUGGACAUAUCUCUUUUGUUAUUUGACCAGAAAGUCCGAUUUUCUUUCCUGAAAAAGAAAGCAUGCCUCCGAAGUUUAAGCGGCACCUCCAUGAUGAGGAGGUCACGGGAUCAAUCAAAAGUGAAAGAGUAAGUUGUGAACAAUUAGCAAGUAAGGCAUGCAUAUAUACAAAUAACCUAAUUUUCACUAUAAAUGGAAGCCAUAGCUGCAGUCGUUGCUUGGAAGUAUCCACAAUCAAAAUUUGGGUGACAAAUUUUCUUUCCGUACGCCAAACAAAUUCACCAAUCUUCUAUAAUGCUGAAAUUGGUAGUUUUAUUCCCCACUUCUGUUUUUUCUCUUUGCCUACAAUUCCUAUUGCUGCAUACAAAGCAGGAAUGUUUUUGUCUACUACCACAUUUCGAGACACUUACUAUACUUACCUUUGCUUGUGUCAUUGUUUUACUUGUUAUUUCUGACAUCAGAGAAGAUGAUUUAAUUAGUCAUUUGUUUUUUCAAUAUUCCUUUUGCAUCACUGUUUUUAUAUCAAUGACUGUUCUACCUUUUAAAUAAAUAAAAUCAUUAAAAAAAAGAAGAUAAAUUAGAGUACAACUUUAACUGAUCCAUAAACCAGACUAAAUGAACGUUGGCUUUCUAGGCAAGGUACGCUAAACAUCUUUUGCUCUCACCUGCUAAUGCUUUUUAUACAGUAUUGAGCAUGCAUUCAAUGCUGCCCCUUGUGUACUAAAUGCUAUUAGUUUAAAGGGAAUCUCUCACUUAUCAUGAUUUUUAAAGUGAUAUACGCUUGUCCCCUUUAUUUAGUAAACGUGUGAAGUUUGGAAAAAUUUUAUUAAACGUAGAAAUCGACACCUUUAUCGGAGGACUGUACACCUCUGCCUUGCCUCUGUCAGUGAAUGUUUUUAAUGUUGCAAUUUUUGCCAUUGAACUAGUAGAAAAGGAAAAAGCUAAACAGUGUUUCUGUUCACCUCCUUUACGCUAUUGCUUGGACUGUUUCUGUAUUUGACUAGAUUGUAAUGCCACUUGCUAAAAACAGGGUAAUACAAGUUAUUGACAACUUUCAGUUUUUUGUUAGUGUUGUAAUUUCCAGUGCAGUGACCAUCUGCCUUAAAGGUUAUGUAUUAGAAUUUAAAUUUGUGGUGAAAAACAGAAUGAUGUACGCAUUGACAGAAGAAGCAGUAAUAACACAACCAAUUUUGUAUUUGUUAUUGGUAUUUCCCUGCUAGUGCUCUUUCUUUCGUAAGUCAGUCAUUUUAGAAUAGCAUUGCUUGGCAUUUAGGGGUGUUGCACAUGCUAGAUUGUAGGCUUAUUGUCGGGACAACCUUUCCUUUUAUACCUGUUUGCGAGAUUGUACCAUCUUAAACCCCUCCCUGUACAUUCAACCAUUUUAUGGCACUGCAAAAGAUAUUGGUGCUUUUUAACCCCUUAAGGACACAUGACAUGUGUGACAUGUCAUGAUUCCCUUUUAUUCCAGAAGUUUGGUCCUUAAGGGGUUAAAUAGGUUAGUAAUUAAAAAAAUAUAUUACUAUACUCAAACUUGACACGGAGUUAAAUGUCCCACUUUGCCUGCUAUUGACGUAUUAACCAACUCCAGAGGACUUUGGAAACUCUCUGCAAUUUAAGCUAUUCACAGAACACAAGUAAUACUAUAUAUAUAUAUAUAUAUAUAUAUAUAUAUAUAUAUAUAUAUAUAUAUAUAUAUAUAUAUAUAUAUAUAUAUAUAUAUAUAUAUAUAUAUGUAAUUUUAUUGGACGCAAAGCAUGGCAAAUCCUAGGUAAAAUUUCACACCAUAUAAAAUGGUUUGACAGGUCAUUCCAGUGGCAGUACAUUAGCCUUUCCAUCUUACACCCACACACUCCUGUGCAGCUUUGGAUCUCACAAUCCAACUCUGCUAACUUGCUAUACUAUGAAAAGGAAGGAUAAUAGCAAAAUUCUAGGUGAGGGCAGGUUCAGAAGGAGAGGAGUGAUAUGUUUGUAAAGUGUGUGUGUGUGUAUAUAUGUGUGUGUAUGUAUAUGUAUAUAUAUAUAUAUAUAUAUAUAUAUAUAUAUAUAUAUAUAUAUAUAUUCUCAGAAAAUGUAAUCCAGGGAGCACACUGGGUCUUAACGUUAGUGUAGAAAAAAAUUAUUUAAUGUAUCAUAAAAAAUGCAUCAGCUGUGAGGUACACACAGAUCAACGUUUCGACCCUCCUGGGUUCUUUAUCAAGAUAUAUAUUCUCGGAGCUGUAAAGAUCCUGAUGAAAGCCAUGUACUGUGGCUGAAACAGCGAUCAAGUUUUAAGCAAUGAAAUAAAAAAGGAAAAUCGUUUUAAAGAAACCAAAAGACCGUGAGUGCUUGCCUCUUGUUCCCUAUAUUUGUGUAUAUUAUGGCAUUGGCUUGACAGCACCAGGCAGAAAUCCACAUUGAAGUGUGUGUGCAAGGAGACAAUAGGAAGAUUAUAUAUAUAUAUAUAUAUAUAAUGUGUAUAUAUGUAAUUUUUUUUAUUUUUUUUGCACUUGUUGUCCAGGUAAGUUCCAUUACAUCCUGUAUUAAAAUAUAAUUGAGUUUCCACAUCUUCAUGAUACAAAUAAAUAUUAAUUAUGUAGGUUAACAAACAAUUGUCUGCUUUCACAUAUCCAUUCAACGUGUAAUAAUUUUCCAUUUAUUUUUUUCACAGAGAAACCUUUUAGAAGAAGACUCUGAUGAAGAGGAAGAUUUCUUCCUGUAAGUGGAUAGAAUUUUUAAAAUUAUUUGCAUGUAAAAGAAUUACUCAAGAAUUAAUGAAAGUGUGCCUACGUUUAAGGAACACUACAGUGUUCGAGGAGCAUUGAGGAAUGUAGGUUCAUGUGUGGCGCUUGCCACAAUGUGCCUACAAUUUCUCCAAGGAGGAUCAAUUUAUUCAAUGAUUCUCUAUAGCCAACAUACGGCACUAAGCUUGUGCACAUUACAGUAAGAUUCUUGGCUCUCAUGCCCAGAGGGCUUGGAUGCGUAGCUUAAAACCACGCUUCUUUGGCUUCUAAUUAGUUUAAUAUUUGGAUUUUAGGGGGUAGGGAGGGGAGGCAGGACUGCAAGCACUAUAACAACGUUAACAAGUUGAUUGUAUAAUAUUCUAAUGUGCUGAUACAAUAAUACAAGUAGCAUGAGCACACAUAAAUAUUUGUUUCACCAAAAGCAAUAAUUUAUGUAGAACUGUUUGUUUUAAAUAUUUUGGCUUUAGGUUAAAUACAGUGUGAGGUUUUUGCUGCCAUGGGGAUUUUGACUUUAAGAAGACAAGAGCAAAAGGGUUUGUUUUCCUUUUUUUUUUUUUUUUUUUUUAACUAUGCAGCCUGGAUAUGCCAAUAUUAAAACACCAGUGGAUUUAGUUGGGACAAUUUACAAUGCACUCCUUCCUUUUGAAAGAGGAAUGCUCUUAAUUUUGGCUUUUAAAUGCCUUUACUAUGUCGGAGUUUGUUAGUUUUUUUUUUUUUUGUUUUUUUUAAAUUUGGUUUCAUAAAAUCUUUGGAGGGAUUUGUGUAAUAUUAUGUUGGUAAACCAUGUUGUUUUUCUUUGUACUACUAAAAGGGCGAUCUAGGCAUAUUUUCAUUGCUUUUAAAUUUACAUUUUAAAAAAAAAUUAUUUUUGCUAGACAAUGUCCCUAACAGGCCACAAGGACCCUAACCUGUAACGUCUUGUGACACAAGUGACUCUAUUCUUCCACACGAUUUAAAAGUCUUGCCUUUGUACACAUUGUAAAAAUGCAAAGAUUGUCCCAAGGUAUGUAAUACACCCAAAUCAGUAAUGGUAAAUAGUAUGAAGCUAGUACACAGAAGAAUAAGGUAACUGCAUAAGUGUGAAGUACAUUAGAACACCAUUCUACUGCCCAAUUAUUAUGUAUUGUUUUUUUCUCUGUAUUCUGAUUUACUCUGGCGGGCCAGAAUCAUAUUACUCUUUUUAUACUAUAUUACUAAUAUCGACAUUCAUAUUGAUUUUAGUAAAUCACAUCUUGCAUGCCAGUUUUUGCAUUUUUACAGGGUGUGCCAAGGCAAUAUCUUCACCUCAUGGGGACGGAAUGGGGAUAUAAGCGUUUAUUUGUGUUUAUCAAGUGUUGAUAAUAAAUUUGUGCAUUUUUCUAGCACUUUCUUCUUUAUUUAGAAGUUUCCUAUAUAAGUUGCAACAAAAAUUUCUAUUCGUUAAAUUAUUUCACUGGAUGUAUUCCCACCAGUUUUAAAAAUUAUAUUUUUCCCCAUGGUUGAGACUGGUAGGUGUUUAUGGGAUCUGUGUGUUUUUGUGGGUGCUAUAAAAUGCACAAUUAGGCAGUGUCUCUAGUGUAAAAAGGAAGCAUGUUUAUUCAACAGCAAGAGGAUAAAUGACGGUUUAUAAAUGGGAAAUGCAAAUCUGUAUAGAUAAUGGAUGCCUGAAAAUGUGCACGUGAUAUGCGGUUUCUCACUUUUACUCAGGCACAAUGCUCCUUGUCUGCACGUACACCCCUAAAAACCUCAGGGCUUUGCAGCAAAGAUGUUUCUGCAUAGAUAGAAAUAUAGUAGUACUCACUUGCUUCCAUUUAGCAGUUAUAGGGUGCCUUUAGUAGCCAUUAUGCAGCCUUCAAUACGCCAAAAGUAAACUGACACGUACCUCUUUAUUAGCAUCAAAGGAAAUGUAGCAAUAUUUCAACAGGCUCUAUUUAUUCUUCCAUAAUGAUAGGAGUGCCAGUUGAAAUAUUGCUACUCCUUUCUGACUCCAAUAGAGGAUCACUCAGUGCAGCUUGUUUUAAUUUUCUAUAAGAGCUUACUCCCAGGAUCCCAUUGCUUAGCUGGCUCCAUACUUUUGUACUGACAAUGGAUUAUACAGUAACCUAGCUAUGCAUAGAACACAAUUCAACAAUCCAACCUGGGCUUUCUAUCAAUCUGGGAACUAGCAUGAUAUUUAAAAAAACAACAAAAAAAAACCUCUUUGUGUAUCUGCCUAAUAUUUAAAAGCCCCAGGUAUUUGAACUUCCGUAAGUAUUAAUUCAGGCAUAUCACUAUACAAUAUACCAAACAAAUAAUGAAUACCAUUGUUUGUCUUCAUUACCCAGAACUGCAUCCUGUGUUGCUAUUCAAAGUGAUGCUUAUAGACUGCUCCGAUAUUACAAUUGUUAUUAUAAUUUACAUAGCACCAAUAUUUUACAAUAUGAGGAUAUUUAAAGGGACAGUGUAGUCACCAGAAAAUCACCCCCCAUCACAAACCAAGAGAUGCAAAAUGUGUUUGUAUUAUUUAUUUUUACAAUAGAUCAGGUUUAAAUUAAAAAAAGUGUAGUUAUUCUGAUGUCUAUAUCCUGUUCCUGCAGGCUUUUGUGCUUACAUUGGUGCCUGGGAACACCUCGUGGCCACUCCUCAGACGGCCACUAGAAGUGCUUAUUGGGCCAGUGCUGACGUUCAUCGUCUUCACGAUCUGCAUGGAGAUGCUGAACUUUCCCCAUAGAGAGGCAUUGAUUCAUUGCAUCUCUAUGAGGAAAUGCUGAUUGGCCAGGCUGGCGUUUGGCCUCGUCUCCUUGGUGACCUCAGCCAAUCCAAUGCGUUUCCUAUAGUAAAGCUUUGGAUUGACUGAGAUUAUCAAUUCUGAUGUCAACCAAGGAGGCAGAUCGGGGGCCGGGUCAGCGCUGGUAGACCCGCAUGGCGUUGGAAAUAAGGUAAGUUUUAUUAUUUUUUAUGUGUGGGUAAGCGACCUAAACGGUGGAUUUAUUAUUAUAGGAUCAGCAAUACACAUUUGUGUUCCUGACCCUAUAAUGGUCCUUUAAAGGGUUAUCCCAAGCACCACCGCCACUUCAGUAAUUUUAAGUGGUGAUGGUGCGUGGAGUCUGUAUGUGCAGCAGGCUGUAGUGGUUUUUGAGUAACCCUUUCACAAGAAGUAAUUGACAUACACAAAUAAUGCUGACAAACACAAGGUGAAAAAAGCCCAUCACAAACAAAUGUCAAAUCUUUGAGAAAGGGGUGAAUAAACUCAAGAGAAAGGAGAGUUUACAUUAUUCCUCUUUUGCUCUCCAGAUAAAAUGAGUAGUGAAUAGAGAUGUCGCGAACUUCCCGCGAACGGCUCGCCGCGGUUCGCGGCGAGCUCCGGUCAGCUGACACAUCCCGGCCAAUUGCCAGCAGACCCUCCCUCCCACCUCCUGGACAGCAUCCAUGUUGAGUUGCUGUCCAGGAGGUGGGAGGUCUGGGAGGGAGGGUCUGCUGGAGAUUGGCCGGGAUGUGUCAGCUGACCGGAGCCCAACGCGAACCGCGGCGAGCCGUUCGCGGGAAGUUCGCGACAUCUCUAGUAGUGAAUUGUACCUUCUUACUCUGGAACUUGUUUACUAAACCGUGAAUUGUAGUGAACUGAAAGCCAAAUUUCAGAAUUUAGACAAAGUAACUAACUGUGAUAAUUCUUUUUUCACCGUUAUUUUAGGUAAUAUCUUCAAUUCUAUACAAUUCACUGUUUAGCAAAAUAAUUUAGAAAAAGUGAAAAUCACCCCCCAUCACAAACCAAGAGAUGCAAAAUGUGUUUGUUUUAUUUAUUUUUACAAUAGAUCAGGUUUAAAUAAAAAAUAACUGUCAUAAAACUGGUAAAGUUAAAGCAUUCUUGUUUGCUUAUUUUUCUGUAAAAUUGUGUAGAAACGGAGUAAUAUUUCAUGUGUACAUUUAAUAUGAUAUUUUGGUCUACCAUCAUUUGAUACUCACCUGAAUGAAUGCUCUGUUUUGCCAGGAGGGGACCUUCUGCUCCUAAGUUUGGACCCAGGAAUGACAAGAUCAGACAGUAAGUGUGGGAAACAGCUAGGAGCUGAAGUAGUUAAACCAGUUUCUCUUUUACAGAUUUGUAAAAUAGGUGACUUUACCUACAUUUAUUCCACGUUGUAUCACUUAAGAAAUUGGGUAUUUUUUUAAAGUUUAUUUUCCAUUUCACAUUUAAGCUGAGGAAAGAUGAGAUUGCAUAAGUAGUGACAGAAGAAACUAAAAAUCUGGUGACGGAACUUGCUCUUAAUUGGUUGUUCCAGACUGAGGUUAGACCCUUUAUAUCAUGUCUGGCCUGACACGUCAUCAGUAUGAUUAGGUUUUGUAGGUCAGUGUUUCUCAAACUUUUACAGCAAAAUACCCCUGGCGAUCUUAAAAAAGAAAAAAAAAGAAAAAAGAAAAUCUUAAGUACCCUGCAUUGAGAAAAUUAUUUUGAUUGAUUUAAAUUCCAAAUGAAAAGUGUAGACAUUGAUAUUUAAGUAAAUCUCAUAUUGGAGAAUAAACCCGAUUAACCCCUUAAAGACCAAACUUAUGGAAUAAAAGGGAAUCAUGACAUGUCACACAUGUCGUGUGUCCUUAAGGGGUUAAAGAUAGUAACAAAAAUAUAUAUAUUUAUAAAAAAUAUGACAAUGUAAAUAUUGUAUAUGUAAGUAGAGUCUAAACUAUUAAUUUGAAGUAUAAAAGUCACAAAAUUAAAAUAUAAUACACAAUAGGUACAAAGAGGACAUUGACACACACUCGGAGGACACUUACUCACACAUUUACAAAGGAUACUGACACAUACUCUUACUGAUUUGACACACUGACAUACACACACACAGGGGACAUUGAAAAACACACACACACACACACUCGGAGGACACUGACUCACACAUUUACACACCAAGGAUACUGACACACACAGGACACACUCUUACUGAUUUGACACAGACAUACACACACAGGGGACAUUGACAUAUAGGAAAAUGACACACACUCACACAAAGGACACUGACACACUCUCACUGAUUUGACAUUCACUGUUUAACACACCCUGGCAUAUAUACACAUUCUCUCAUAUGCACUGACACACAUUUGUUUUAAUUAAUUUGUUAUUUAAAGGGACACUCCAGACCCCUGAAGUACUUAAGCUUCUUGAAAAGCUUUGUGUGAAUAGUAUACAGUAGUGCAGAUUUUAAUUGACAUGUAAAUUAUACUGGUUACAUCCCUCCUGGCUUUUUAGUGUAGACAACAGGUCCUGUUACUUCCUGGUGUGCUUAUUUGCACUGAACUCAAAAGGCAGAAAUUGCCCAGAGCACCUGCUUGUAUUUGUGUAGUGGAGUGUCCCUUUAAGUCCACCCAGCCUCCUUACCAGUGCAGGGCUUCUUUAAUUUUCGUGCUCUUCUAGCAUUGCUCUUUGUUAGGAGUGACCACCUAACCCAACUACUUUACCUUAGAGCACAGCUGGCCGCCUCCUGGGGGGAGGCUAAGGUGGCUAGCUCAAGGCGUACCCAAUCUUUGGUGCGUGCACCACUUGGGUUAUGCGUACCACUGGUUAAGAAAUAAGGUUGUUGGGUGUUGUACAUUGCAAAGGGUACUUGAACCAGUGGCUGCCCGAGUGAUUAGAGGUGGCUUUAGGCAGCAGUGUAACACAAAAUUUUUACAAAAAGGCAGCGUUUACAAUGCUCACCCUACAGGUACAUGCUUUAUGUACAAGAACCACCACAUUCGCAGUAAUGUAUUAUGAAUGUAUAUAGAUGGGAUUUAUGGGAUCUGCACAUUGCUUCUACAAUGUAGAUUUUAAGAAAACAAAGAUAAUGAAACUGCAUUUUUUUAAAUUUUAUUAUUGUUACCGGUAUUUUAAUUUUAUAUUUAUUUGUGUGUGAAAUAGUGGCAGAAGAAGGAGUCCGAACGCCUGGGGUCUGAUUUAAAAUGCCUUUUUUUAAAGAAACCUGUUUUUAUUAAGUGUUUCUCCUUUAGGUAUAUUUCAUUUUUAAUUAUACCCGCAUACACUUGAAUAACAUUACUUAAAAGAGAACUUCAGAAUUCAGAUUUUCUAUUAUCCAAAAUAAUUAAAUUUUUUAAACUAAUAUUUUAGAAAAAUAUUCCAUCCACUCUGUAAAAAUGUGUUGUAAUUCAACAUUCUUGUACCAUGACUGCACUAAUCUCAAUGCCCAGAGAAGUUAUUCAUUACCCCAAGCUUUCCAUAAAGUUCCAGAUUUUACCUUAAAAAAAAUAUUCAUCUGGGACUCAAUUAUCAAGAGAUACCAUCGUUGUCUGAGAGCGUUAGAGUAAAAAUAUAUAUAUUUUUUUAAUGAUUGAAGUUUAUCCAGAGUAAUCUUCUAAUGUUUUUAUUACAUCCACAUGAUUCAAAGCAUCAGUUACCCAUAAUAAGCUGUGGAUUUCCACGCUGAAGUCAUGCCAGUGACUGUUGAGCACAUUAAACCUGGGUAACUUGGAUAUUCCUAAAAAAAAUGAUACUUCAAGCAGGUCUAUCACUUUGCAGAUUUCAUUUUUUUUAUUUUUUUUUCCACAAUUAAUUUUUGGUUUUUCAAAACAAAUUACCACAAAAAUUACAAUUAAAAGUAUCAGGAUUAGUAUGUGUUGUUCAGGAAUCUUCAUAUAACGACAGGAUAGAGACAUGCUUUUCUUAUACUGGCUGUGCAAAUAUAUAUAUAUAUAUAGGUACAGUCUUUGUUUUCAAGACAACCCCAAAGUAGUGGAUAAAUUGUGGUGUAAGAGGGAGAAGAGAAGUGUGCCGGUAAAGGUAGACUUCAGAGUCUAGAUUUUAAUUGUGGGCGGGAGGGGGUUUUGGUCUGAGUAUAGAUGUUUUUCAAUGAAGUGUAUAUCCUGUGUGAUUGGGGUAAGACCCCUCUGUGUCUCAUUUGCCCCUUGUCCGACAGGCCCCUAUGUGUCUGUUUUGCCCCUUGUCCAGCCGGCUCCUCUGUCUCUAUUGCCACUUGCCCGGUAGCCUCUCUUUGUCUCUUUUUGCCCCUUGCUGGCCUUUUUGUGUCUCCUUUGCCCGGCGGACGGCCCUUUUGUGUCUCCUUUGCCUGUCCCUUUUGAGGCCAUCCGCCGGGCAAAGGAGACACAAAAGGGCCGUCCACCGGGCAAAGAAGACACAAAAGGGCCGUCCACCGGGCAAAGAAGACACAAAAGGGCCGUUCAACUCCCCUUUGAGGUCUCUCCCUCUAAUGCCUGCUCACCUACAUCUUGUAACAUGGCCAAGUCACGGACCGCGGUAGAGGAGCUUCUGUAACCUCUGCCCAGUCUGACAGGAAGUCAUCAGAGUAAUACAGAACCUUCUGUGCCCUUGUAACCGCGAGGUUGCUGCCCAAAACAGUUACAUGAGUUUGGGUAGUUUUGCUGGUCCAUUUCGUAAAGUGGCAAAAACCAAAUAAUUCCACAAACUGUUUCCCCUGGCUCUUAGCAGCGAUUGUUCCCCUCAUACGAAUGAACAAAGUACCGAACAGUGUUCUACUAGUGUUCCAGCAUUCGUAUGUUGGGACCGGUGUUCGGGAAAUCGAGUGUCCGAUUUUAGUUCCAGACACUCGACGACCAAGUCCUGCCGCCUUUGUUUGUACAAAAAAAAAAGAUGGCCACCGUUUUCUCAGCCACGUGGCGUUCGGCAAUACGAACGACGGCCGCACAGGUAGAGGGUUCAAUUGAGGUAUGCUUUGAAGUUAACGAGCCAGGGGGGUGGUCUCUGUUCGGUAGUUACAUCUACCGAAUGAAAAGGGGAGAAAUACCGAACACAAAGAGUGAUUUCUUCACAAUUGAUAUUAACAGCAAUUUUACCGCAGCUGGUAACUUUUACAGCAUGAUGAUCUAUGCUGUCACUGAGCAUUAAAGCCGUACACAGCAUGACGGCAUAAACCAUCAUGUGGUCCUUAAAUGGUUAAGAUCUGUUGCAAGGAAGAAAAGAUAAUACAUAUAAGGCACAUGGCAAAGGAUGAGUACAAUCAUUCAGAUACAAAGGGAAAGGAAAGGAAAACUAAAAGAAUACAAACAUGACAAAGCCACUUUAAGUUUAAAGGUUUUGGGAUAUCCAGACAUGCAGUGGUGUUUAAACGGGAUCAUAUUUUUCAGGUUUAAUAUUCCCUUGUCGUAUCAUGUCUCAAUUCUCCAUUAAAGAGUUUAAUCAAUUUGUUUACAAAACUGUAGCAAUACCUCCCCUGGAUGCGAGUUUCACUACCUCAUUACGAACACCUGAAAAAGAGGUCUAACUUUUAAUACUUUCUAAUAUUAUUAUUAUUAUUAUUAUUAUUAUUAUUAUUAUUACUAUUAUUAUUAUCAGUGUGUUUGAUUUAGAUUUUAUCUCCUGCUAAUUUGCCUGCUCGAGCCUACUGUAGCCUCCUGUGUGUGAAUAAAGUUCAAAUAGCAGAGCAGGAAUAGCAUGUUGUAUAAUGAAAACGUUAUACCGUGUUUCUCCGAAAAUAAGACCGGGUCUUAUAUUAAUUUUAGUCACAAAAAACACACUAGGGCUUAUUUUCAGGGUAGGGCUUAGAGCCAGUCUGUCAGCUGGUGUCUGCGCUGUGUAACCCCCCCAGAGACCCUCACCUCCCCCUCCCUGUAAUAUUCUCCCCUCCCUCCCUCCCUGUAAUACUAUCCCCCCUCCCUGUAAUACUCUCCCCUCCCUGUAAUACUCUCCCCCUCCCUCCCUGUAAUACUCAUGUAUAUCUCCCCCUCCCUCCCACUCUCUCCCCCUCCCUCCCUGUAAUAUUCUCCCCUCCCACCCUCCCUGUAAUACUCUCCCCCCUCCCUCCUGUAAUACUCUCCCCCCUCCCUCCCUGUAAUACUCUCCCCCCUCCCUCCCUGUAAAUACUCUCCCCCCUCUCUCUCCCUGUAAUAUUCUCCUCCUCCCCUGUAAUACUCUCCCCCUCCCUCCCUCCCUGUAAUAUUCUCCCCCUCCCUGUAAUACUCCCCCUUCUCCCCCCUCCAAUCUUCUCCUCACCUGCUCUUCCCUGUAGCGUGGCCGAGCUCCUCUCCGGUCUGCAACCCGGCCGGACUGACAGGAAGUGCACACCCAGUGUGCACUUCCUGUCAGUCCGGCCGGGUCGCGGACCAGAGAGGAGCUCGGCCACGCUACAGGGAAGGGGAGGUGAGGCAGUGCGGCAGCCGUCUGAGAGCUCUCUAUAGAGCGCUCAGUUGGCUGUGGCAUUUAAAGGGCCGGCAGCCGCCGGCCCUGCCUAGGUCUUAUUUUCGGGGUAGGGCUUAUAUUGCAGCCCACCCCGAUAAUCCAGCUAGGGCUUAUUUUCGGGGUAGGGUGUAUUUUCGGGAAAACAGGGUAUAUAUAUAUAUAUAUAUAUAUAUAUAUUGUAUGAGCAACAGCCAGGAAAGGCAUGGUUGCAUAACUCCUAAACGGCUUGAGUAGUGACACUGUAGGGACAUGACAUCUACACCAAAACGGCUUCAAUUAUUUAAAGUUGUUUUGGUGCUUACAAUUUCUCUUUAACUCCUGUUUUCAAGUGUUGCAAUACUAUUGGAAGAUAUUGGAUGUGCAGGUGUUUUCAAACUAAUUAAAAAAUACUCUCUAGAACCUAUCCUGUCCCACUACUUUAUAGCUCUUUUUACUUUAAAUUUUUAAUUUGUACAUUGUGCAAGCAAUUUUGCUAGCAAAUGUAUCAAUUGGGAGAAAAAUUUAAAAAUAGGAUUUCCCUCCCACUUUUCAAUCAAUUUGUAGGUAUAGACUCCAUGCCGAGGAAUUGAUUGAUAACGGAGAGAAGAGGGGAAAAAAAAGGAAACCUCCCCUAGGCAGUCCUUUUGCUCACCAACUAUAGCAAUCACAGUGCACGCGCUGUGGUUGCUAUGGAAACUCUCUAACUGGCGCUGCUAGCACUGGCUAGGGGGUAAAGGAAAGGAAUGACUUGCGUCCCUCCAUUCAGACCCCAGCACACUAUCAAUGAAGCCAACAUGUAGGUGUCAUGAAGAGAGCAGGAGGAGUUAUGGUGGACCAGAGGUGGGCAUAACAUUCAACUUCCAUGUUAUGUGGAUAGAAUCCUUAUACGUUUUGCAUAAAAAAAGAGAGAGAGAAAAUGGCUGGAUGAAAGGAGUAAUUAGGAAGCCAAGCUAGAUAAGGUGUACUUUUUGCAGGACUAUGGCCGUUUAAAAUGUUUCUGUUCCCAGUGGAGAUGCCAGCAAUGUGUUUUAAAGUUCUGUCACCAGUCUCCCAAUAUUGCGUCUUUCCAUACGUGUGUCAUUUGGAAGCAGUACACCGGAACGCACAUAAAAUCCCAUUUUAGGCUUUGUAAGCCAGGAUGGUUUUUUUUUUCAAUCACAAAGCUGUGAAUAAUUUUGUUCCAAAACAACUGCGCCACCCUUAACCCCUUCACUCCCAUAGACAUUUUUUUAAAGAAAGAAUGGAGAAAGCCUAUUAGCAAAACAUUAAAAUAAAAAAAUUAAAUAAAAUUUGUUAUAUAUUAAAAGAACUAAUCUAUAGCGAGUUCUAAUGGAGGCCUGUGUGCAAAAAUAUUUUUUUAUUUAACAAAUAAAUGCAGAGAAGUUUAGGAACAGGCAGGACUGAUGUUCAAAUCCAACUCGAAGUGUUGAAAGUGUAAAUAUACUACCAGCAGCUAGUAGAAAUAGUGAUAUGGCUGGGUGAUUGGAAACAGCUGGUGUAACAGUCAGUGUCUUGCAUACUUCAAAGGAAAUUGUAAUGGGGAAUAUCACAGGACAGUCCGUCUACAUCCCUAUUUUCCCCUUUAAUGAUGCUAUUUGACCUUUGUUCUCCAGGCACCAAGUAGAGUUCAGGGUUAAGGAAGGCUAACUCUGCAAAAUGCCUUCAUGCAAAUUGUUCAUAACCUAGGAGAAUGUGAUCUACUCUCUGUAAAUAGUGUUGGAGGAAUAUCCAGCUUGCAAAGCUAGAAAAUCAGUCCACGCUCGGGGAACUAAUUCUUCUAGAAUAAAUGGGAUUAUUUUCCUAACUAGGUAAUAAAGAAUAACAUUUCAGCUAGUAUUUUACACUAGUACCAAUGCAAGGAGUGAGCACCAGUCCAGAGUCCACACUAUCUUGCAUGUUUGGAAUGUAUUGCUGCCUAAAGAGGUAAUGUGUCCUUAAAUUUCCAGUUGAACGGAACUUGAGAUUGGUAGAGUUAUGUUUCUCUAAUGAAGUUCGACUGAGUAUUUAUUUAUGGUUUUUUUUUGUUUUUUUUUUUGUACACACAAAUUUAGAUGCCAACCUACAUUGAUGUUAAUUGUGAAUUGUGAUGUGAAGAGGGCCUUUCUCAGUUUAUAAUGUAGAGAUUAUAUAAGAAUACUGCGCAGGCAGAUUAAAGGAGCACUUCAACUUUCUAAGGGGAUUUAUGUGUGAGGAGAAUCCAAGUUUAGUCACUUCAUAAAAGUGCUGAUUUCUAUGACAAAUUGGCAUUUUUAUAAUUAAUGAACCCCCAAUCGGCUGUCAAAGGAGGUUUGUUUCAAAGGAGGUUCAUCGUUUCUCUGGGACCUCGGAUCAGACCAGUGUUGGCGUACACAGCACAGCGUUCAGAGUGGAGGAAAACUCCAGAGGCUCUGAGAAGAUUUAAUGUCUCUUCCGGGGAAAAAGGAGAGGGAUUGCAAGGGCUUCUGGAUCUGGUGCUUUUUAAAGUUCUUUUAAGUUAUACUCCCAAUAAAUAAAUGAAAAAAAAAUUUCUGCAAUGAAUGAAAUUUUUUUUUAAAUGCAUGUAUUCAAUGGAAGUAUAUCUACUAACCGUGAUUUAUUUUUGUCAUUUGCAGUGUCAAGUGUUUAGCAUUUCUUGGUGUCUGAAUGAUACUACACAUUAUUUUUUCAGCGCACAGAACCAGGUGGAUGAAGUCAUUGACGUCAUGCAGGAAAACAUCACCAAAGUGAUAGAAAGAGGAGAAAGGUUGGAUGAACUUCAGGACAAGUCGGGUAAGCAGCUAAAUAAGUCAUUCUAGAGAAAAUGUAUUUUAAUACGUUUUCUAACUUAUAGAUUUUGCAAUUUUUCCAUAGCUGUGUUUUUUUUUGUUUUUUUUUUGUUUUUUUUUUGUACCUUUUACAAUCUUUUUAUUUAAUUUUUUUCCCAACAUAUAAACUACUAAGUGGGUUAUUUUAACCCAUUCACUACCAGACCCAGAAUCUGAGUAUUUUGAGAGUCCUGGAAAGUAAAGUUUUUUGUUUGUUUUUUUUGUUUUUUUUUUGCUGUGCAUAGAUGACAUUCUUGAAUGGAAACAAAAACAAACAUUUUGCUUGGACAUACAAACUUUAAAAAAAUAAUUAACUGAGUAUGACAGGGUGACUGUUUGGGGAAUGAGUGUGACAGGGUGUCUGGGGGAUGAGUGUAACAGGGUGACUGUGUUGGGGUGGAUGAGUGUGCCCGGGUGACUGUUUUGGGUGGGAUGAGUGUGCCAGGGUGACUGUGUUGGGGAUGGUAUGCCAGGGUGACUGUGUUGGGGGAGGGGAUGAGUGAGUGUGCCAGGGUGACUGUGUUGGGGGGGUGAGUGCGCCAGGGUGACUGUGUUGGGGAGGUUGAGUGUGCCAGGGUGACUGUGUUUGGGGGAUGAGUGUGACAGGGUGAAUGUGUCUGGGGUAAGUGUGACAAGGUGACUGUUUGGGCGGGUGAGUUUGACAGGGUGGUUGGGGAGUGAUGAAUGUGACAGUGUGGCUCUGAGUGGAGAUGUGAGUGUGACAGGGUGACUGGAUGGGAGUGAGUGUGGCAGGGUAACUGGGUGUUGGCAGGUGAGUGUGACUGUGGGUGUGACUGUGUGGGUGUGAAUGGGUGACGGUGACAUGGUGACUGUGUAGAGGGGUGAGUUUGAAAAGGUUGCUCUGGGUGACUGUUAGUGUGACUGUGUGUGGGGGGAGUAAGUGUGGCAGGGUAACUGUAUGUGAGAAGUGACUGUGGGGUAGUGAUGUGAUAGGGUAAGUUGUGGGGUAGGUCUUAGAAGCAAGUCCCACUGCGGGACUUUGGAAAAACAGGUGGUCAAACCAGACAGACCAAAACAUGCUUGUAAAAGUUAAAUGUAAAAUGUUCUCCAUGACCACCACCAAAGCCAAGCAUGUGUAUACUUUUGUUUUUGUCUGAGUAUUCAUUAGUUGAAUAUUUUCUUGAUACAAUAACUUGCAUAUGUUUGGUUUUGUCCUAUCUCUUUUGAACCACAGAAAGUUUAUCAGACAAUGCCACAGCAUUCAGCAGCAGAUCAAGACAACUCCGAAGGCAGAUGUGGUGGAGGGAAUGUAAGGUAAGAGUAAGAACUGAAAUAAAAGGCCAUAUUUAUUUUGAAAAAUAAUUAUGUGGGGUUUUUUUGUUUGUUUUUUUAAACCAUUAAAUUAAAUAAGUCCACAGUUUGAAUUUUUCAGCCAUCGACAAACGCAGUAGCACUAAAAGCAGUUGUCACUUUAAAGGGACACUCCAGUGCCAGGAAAGCAAAUAGUUUUCCUGGCACUGAAGGUCCCCUCUCCCUCCCACCCCCCCCAUCCCAUGUUGCUGAAGGGGUCCAGCGCCGAUGUCCCUCGGCGCUGGUUUAGGGUCCGCCCUCGCUCCUCCUCAUCCGGCGGGGGAGACCUAAUACGCAUGCGCGACAAUGCCGCGCACGCGCCUUGGACCUCUCCAUAGGAAAGCAUUGAAAAUGCUUUAAAUGCUUUCCUAUGGGGAUUUUAGUGACGCUGGAGGUCCUCACAUAGCGUGAGGACGUCCAGCGACGCUAUAGCACAGACAACCUGUGCUUUAAACCAGGAAGUGCCCUCUAGUGGCUGUCUACUAGACAGCCACUAGAGGAGGAGUUAACCCUGCAAGGUAAAUAUUGCAGUUUAUGAAAACUGCAAUAUUUACAGUUGCAGGGUUAAGGGUAGUGGGAGUUGGCACCCAGAUCACUCCAAUGGGCAGAUGUGGUCUGGGUGCCUGGAGUGUCCCUUUAACAUUUUGCAUGUUUUUGUAAUCAACAUAUUACUUUAAAGCAGAUAUUAUCACAUUAAUAGAUAUGUUUGAUUUCAUGCAUAGAACUCAUUUACUGACUUCAUUACCUGAUAAUAAUGAUGUUUGUUUAUUUCUUCUUCAGAUGAAAGCAAUUGUGGCCAUGGUUAUCAUUCUCAUUCUGCUAGUGAUUAUCAGUAAGUUGUAAAGCUUUUUCUAAAACCUUCUAAAAUCUUUUUGCAUCAGUUAAGUGUAUCCGGGACUAUUGAUGCAUUCACGGUUACCAAAGGAAAAAAACCUUCACAUCAAUUAGAGAAUACAUAACACUAACAUGUACCUGAUUCACAUUCAUCAGUAUUAUUACAGUUUAGUUUGGAACGCAUUUUGCAGUUGGCAUAGAUGGUACAAAGAUUGGCUAACUCUCAUAUCGAAGUGCUAUCAUCUUUGAGUAUUGCACACUAUUGUUAAAACAAGUUUCAGGGAGCCAUAUAGUACCAUAAUGGUGAGUAUGGGAUGAAAAUUUUACAUGAUUUGCAGAUUACACUUUUUUUUGCUAGUUUGGCAUAAAAUGUGCAAAUGUAGGUGUUAAAUGAACACCCUGUCUCCAAAACCACUUCAUCUCAAUUAAUUUGUAAUGGAAACGGUAGUUAUUGGUGCCCUUUGAUCCAAUAAGGUAAGAGGGUGUAGGGAUCUAGCAUAUGUCUGAAACGUUGAACCCAGGGUCUCUAUUCCCCAUAAAGAUGUCAUUAUGAUGAAGGUGUUCUAGGAAUGGAGUGUCUCUUUAAUUUUAUAAUCCCUGAGUUUGAAUACAAUUCUGUGUCUCUUCUCUUCUAAGGAUCCAUAAGGGAAAAAAUUGGAUACAUAAGUAGACUUCCGAGGUUAUUCACAAAAGUGACAAUUGCCAGGAAUUUGAAUUUAAUUUUAAUAUUAAAGGGAUACUAUAGUGCCAGAAUACAAAGCUUUAUUUACCUUUUCCCAUUGCCAAUGUCCAUCAGCGCAGGCGCGAAGUUCUGCCUCCUACGACGUCCCGCGAAAAGUGGGCUCUAAUGCGCAUGCACAUGCGUGGCAAAUGCCUCACGCGCAUUAGACCUCCCCAUAGAAAAGCGUUAAAUCAAUGCUUUCUUUGAGGAAAAAUCUGACACUGGAGGUCCUCAUGCAGAGCGUGAGGACGUCCAGCGUCAGAUACCGGACCAAAGGUCCAUUUCAAUUCAGGAAGCACUCUACUGGUUCUUGGUAGACAGCCACUGAGGGCAAACUUAGAGCUGCAAUGUAAACAUUGCAGUUUCUCUGGAACUGCAAUGUUUAACAUUGUAGCACUAAGUGCAAAAAGUACACUGCACCCAGACCACUUCAAUGAGCUGAAGUGGUCUGGGUGCCUACCGUGUCCCCUUGAUGCCAAAAUAGGCCUCAAUAUUUUUUUUUACUGUAGCUAUUCUGGUCUAAAUUUUGAAGUUAAUCUUAAAUUCCCCUGAAUUCUACGUUUAGCAAGUAACCGUUUGUGACCCGUAAAUUCUAUUAAAAUGUGUCAUCUCAAGGGUGAAAACACAAAGGCCAUUAAUGGAAAGGCAUUAUUCCAUCUCUUGAACCGCUAAGUCACAAUUUCAAACAUUUUCUCCUUUUAAUAAAAGCCAAGAUAAAAGGUACAAUAUAUGUCACAAUACACAGUCUGUAUGCAUGUAAUUUCAUACUGUGCCAUUGGUUUUCACACUUUUUGGUACGACUGCCUGGGUCGUAGCCUCUGUUUUUCUGUUUUUUGGGGGUUUUUUUGUUUGUUUUUUUUAUACAAUUGAUGGAGGCGAUCUUAGCUAGGUCCAAUGUACUGAUUUCAUUAUAAAAUAAGGGUCCCUCGGUGUAAAGUGAAAGUCUCCUCAUUGGUCAGUGCCAUUAAUGGGAUGUUCUGCAGGCUGAUGCAAACAAACCACAUCCACAGGCUAAGCAGCAGUCUGAGGACUUUAAGUGCAAUCAUGUAUGUGUUAAUUACACAUUAUACAAACAAGGUUUUUUGUUUUUUUCAAUAAAUGUAAAGUUUCUCAAUACCAAGGCAUGAUGUUUAUUAAAAUUUGUUGAAUAUGCAAUAAUGUCACGAUAAGUAUUGUUCUCCCCCUCCAAUGAUUCUCUCCCCCAACCCCCCGACAUUUCAAAUAAAAAAAAUAACAAAGUACUAUAAGGUUUGCACUGAGUGACUUUAACACAGUUUCAUUUAGAUUGCUCAAUUAUUUUCCACAUUUAGCUGAUAGCCCUCACUUUCGGUUGUAUUUCCCCCUAGGGAAAUUCUUAAUUUGGAACAGAAAGAACAGACAAAAAGCUGCCUACACUGAGCAUUUGCUUGGGGCUUUUGAAAAGUUGGAGGGACACACUGUAAUCCAAGCAUCCGGUUACUGUCAAAAUAUGUGUACAAAAUGACUACCUUACCAUCUGGAUAACACAAUCUGGGAGUUUUAAAAGCUGAUGCAUGUUCUUAAAGGCACACUACACAUAUUGGGCAAAUUGGGUAGGUUAGGUGACUGUUCUCUUUGAAGAGUGUAUAUGCGUGUAAAAUAAGUGUUUGUAUUAUUAUAUAUUAUAUAUAAAAUAUAUCGCACAAACACAUAACUAUCUUGGAAAUCCAUUGUUGCAUGCAUUUUAUGAUGAAGUACUAUGUACUUAUGUUUUAGAGGUGGGAAUUAAGUAACUACACACUAAACAGCAUCACUUGGUACACAUUUCCUUUGCAAUGAAAGAUUUUUGGGGAUUUCCUUCCCCCGCCACCCAAACCUAUGCAAUAAAGUACAUUUAAAAAAAGAAAAGCUUUCAAAGCUACAGUUAACCCUAUUGAAACAAACGGUGCACUUUUAUUUAUUUAUUUAUUGAAAUGUAUUAACUUUCUCAUUUUCACCAUUAUAUGUAUAUAUUUUUUUUUUCUGUUUUGAGUUUUUUUUUUUUUAUUUAAUAUAUUCUAUAAAAAGAAAGAUGUUGCAUUUGAUGAUGCUGUUUUGAGGUGUGGUUUUCUGCUACAUAUUUUUACAUUUGUUUUCAGAAUUGUUCAUCUGUAUAUGACUGUGCCACCUGUCAUCAUAGUAUGUUGUAACAAUCCCUUUUGCUUCCUCUGCAGUACCCAUAAUUCUGAAGUACCGCUCCUAACUUUCAGUUUGAAAGCCCCAAUGGAGAUUCUGAAAACACAGCAAACCCUCUGUACAGAACGGUGUUUUUUUGUUUUUGUUUUGUUUUUCUGUUGUCAGUUUAUCCCCUUCAUGCCUGAGGGAAGUGCAUUGUAUUGUCUUGUUAUGCAUUUGCCUUUGUGCUUCAAGCAGAGGGGGCAGAUUAACAUUCCUCAUGGACAUUUUGUACAGAGACAAAUUUAUGUAAUUGAAUAAGAAGAUAUGUGUUGGGAAAAUCCUCAAUCAUUCUAUUUAUUGUUUUGUCACUUUAAAUUAUUAUUUUUUUCCUAGCAUGAGGUAAAUUUGACUCAUCAGAUAUUUCUGGAUAUUUUCCAUAAUUUUGCUCACCUACCGGUUAUGUGAAACAAUGCUACUGAUUUCUUUCUUUAAUUUUCAUUGUGUCUGUGCACUAAUUUAAAAAAAAAAAAAUAGAAUCUGGAAUAAUGAUGAAUUUGCACAUAAUCUGUAAUUUGCACACUUAUGUUGUACAUAACAAAACUGUUCUGUCAUACUAGGCAGAAAAUGAUUAUAGUUCUUCAAAAAGGGUUUUGGCUUGUGUGAAUGUGAGCAUUACACUACAGCUUACAAAAUAUUGGCCUUGCCUUAGAGCUGCUGUAUAGGCCUUGAUGAUGGUAAACUGGCAGAGAAUUAAGGGUAAUGAGUGUGGUUGGAUUAGUUUUGCACUGGUGACUUAAGGUAUCUAAUACAGUUUCACAUCCUUUGAAACUCCUUUUCCCUUUCUUAAAUAAACAGCUUUUUAUGAAAUCAUCUUUAUAAAAUAGUUUUUGGUGCUUCAGAUUAAUUGCAAGUGAAAUCUCAGUUCUUCAGGCUUACUACAUUUAAAUGCUUGCAUUUUGGAAAUUGUAAUUAAGUAACCUUGAGAAUAUGUGUCAGACAGCCUUGCUCUGUCCCUUUCUUAUUAUGAUCUAUCCUUGCUACCCAGAGCCCUUUUGGGAAAGCUGUUUGGGUGCGGCUCACUGUAAUUUUCAGAGUUUUUAAAGUGAAAUUCUCCUUUCAGAGUAUAAAGUGGUUCUGCCUUUUGGUUUCACAGCAUUAUGUGAGCUCUGUAGAAAUUUCUGGUGGCAGUAAUCUGUGUGUAGAGAAACUUAGGUUUCAAAGUCUUAUAGCAAAAUAAAUACCCAGCAGAGAAUAGAGGAGAAUUAUUAGAAUCGACAAAACUAUCAGAAAGAUAUAUGCAUCUAACAAAUUAUAAACCUUUUAUUGAGAAAGAGAAUACAUUUCUUCCCUUGUAUGUACUUUUGGCUGUAUAAUGGAUUCAACUGGUUCUUUCGCUUCCAAUAGGAAAACAAAAUUCUGUGUACGAGUCCAAAAAAAUAUAUUUGAAUUAAAAUAUAUUAAAUAGAGUUGUACCUCUUAUCUUUUGCCAGUAAGAAGGCAUUUAUUUAACAAAAACAUAAUCUUACUGUAUGUAACUAGAUUAAUCUUUUGAUUGGCCAUGUUGUCAUUUAACCAUUUGAAGUUCUAGAAGGGCAUUUGCAGUACAUUGCUUAUCAUGCUUUGAUCAUCUACUUGGGACGCAGAGAUUUGUAGAUGCUAGUUUGGGUCACUCAAUUCCUGCCAAAUUACUAAAGCCAUAAAAUAUAGGACAGAAAAAAGCAAUUUGUUUUGCUAGUAAAGUCGUCAGCAUUCUCUUUGAGAAGGGGGAAGUGUUGUGAUACUGUUCCCCAUAUUACUACUGCCAGGUUCAAUAUUGCAUGAUUCUGCAGUUGGAUUGUUGCAAAAUCAAAUGCGUUCCUAUUUCAACAUUUAUAUUGAUGCAUCUUUACACAAAGACAUUGCGCAACAUGUGGGCAAAUGGCCUAAUAUAUUGUGCUUAGCUAGGCAUGUUCAUUUCUGUACAUUGCCUCAUAAUACACAUCAUACAUUUCCAGUUAUAAAGUCAUAUUGUGUUUUGAGUUGGGUAUUUUUAAUCACUUCAUACUUUAUCUAAAACGAGGAAAUUCAAAGGGGAAUUUGCUGUUUUCUGCAGAUAAAUGGAAGUCCAUAUGGGCAUGAUUCAUUGUAAGUAGAGUUCUCAGAGCCACUUUUGAGUAGUAAAGUUUUAACUGCUGAACUAAAGACUCUCUCCCAGCAACUAAGGAGCAAAGCGACAUUCAUAAUUUUUUAGUUUUUUGCAUGAUUUCCACCUUUUCCCUAGGAAAAGUUUUUUGUUUUGUUUUUUGUCUGGGAGAGCUGUACAGAAGCAUUUGGCAUGAAAACUUAGUCUCAUUUGACUACACGUAUAAAUAAAAUCAUAAAUUAGCACUGCUCUAAUAAUGUGGCGAUUUGUUUACCUUUGUCCAUACAUUCCUGUUCUAUAAUGCCUAAAAAUGUAUAUUCCACCUUGGAGUGUUCAUUUAAUUUAUUCUAUAUUUAGUGAAACUUCAUUAAAGGAAGACUAUAGGGUCAAUAACGCAAACUUGUGUUCCUGACCCUAUAGUGUUAAAAACACUAUCUACCCCCACCCUUGCCCUCCAUAAAUAUGGAAAAAUCUUACCUUUAAAUCAAGUCUGCUGUUGCUGGUUCUGACCCUGAUCUGCCUGCUUGGCUGACAUCAUCAGAAGUUAUGUUCUGAUCCAAUCACAAUGCUUUCACAUAGGAAAGCAUUGGAUUGGCUGAGCUUGUCAAAAAGGCAGAUCAGGGACAGAGUCAGCACAAGUCAAACACAACCCUGGCCAAUCAGCACCUCAUAGAGAUUCGUUGAGUCAAUGUAUCUCUGUGAGGAAAGUUUAGGGUCUCCAUGCAGAGGGUGGACACACUGCCCCAGAGAGCACCUCUAGUAACCAUCUGAGGAGUGGCCAGUGAAGUUAUCACUAGGCUGUAAUGUAAACAUUGCAUUUUUUUGAAAAGACAGUGUUUACUGCCAAAAGCAUGAAGGGAAUGAUAAUACUUACCAGAGCAAAUACUUAUUCUGGUGACUAUAGUGUCCCUUUAAAGGGAAACUAGUGAUGUUAAUUGCCUUUUUUUAACGUUCUAAAGAUAAUACAAUAAAAAAUGGAAACAAAUAAAAAGAUACAUACGAAUAUAUAGUUUCCUUUAACAGACUUUCUCUAGCUACACACCAGGAAAUCCAUAUGCCAUAAGAAGUUGCAUAUUUCAUAUACGUAUAUGCAUAAUAUUACACUAUGCAAACAUGUUUAAUUUUGCAUGUGUAAAUUUCUGCCCAUAAACUGCUGAAAAAUAAUUUGCCGCUACUUGUCACAUUACUGUAAUUUGAGUCAUAAUGCAAAUGUUGCCAAGCCAUUCACCAUUUAGAACGUAACGCACAAGAAAAUACACAGACACGGUAAUUUUUGCCUUAUAGAUUGUUCUAUUCCUUGAGUGCAUUUUUAUUUUACCUCUUGUGUUUUCAAUAACUUAUGUUUGUAUAUUUAAGUUCAGAUGUUAAUUGUAUUAUGUUGAAUAUUUAUAUGAUCUAACCAGUUAAUUAAACCAUUUACAUUUCUGAAAAA